AUCAUAAAAGCAAGUCUCCAAAGUUCUUUAGCUGUUCUCACUUUCAAGUCAUCAUCGUCUCUCUCGUCUCUCUCUUCUUGCUUUUCGCGCUUCCCUCUCUCUCUUUGCGACUCUCGAUUUCUUCCUUAGAUCCGCCGAAUCUUCUAUUUUUUUUUUGUGGAUUCUUUUCUACAUUCAGUUACACCCCCCUCUGUUUUAAUACCGAUAUCGCAAACCCUAGAUUCGACGAUCUUUGAAUCAAUGACGUCUUCACCCGGUAAUACUAACCCUCACAAUCCUCCUCCUCCUCCGUUCGAUCUCAUUACUAUCUUCAAACCUUCAUCGAACCCUUAUCCGGCGCCGCCGUCAUCUUUUCCUCCACCGGCGGGUCCUUUUCUUCACAGCCAGUACAAUCAGCAACUCUACGCGCCGCCGAGUACCUCAGCCCAACCAUCGCCGGUGACUCUGACGCAACAGGAUGUGUCUUCCUCUUCCUCCGCGACUAACUUGCUUCCGCAGAGAACGCUGUCUUAUCCCACGCCACCUCUCAAUCCCCAAUCUCCCCGUGUCAAUCACAAUCCCGGAACGCACAUCCUCGCUCUCCUUAAUAACAACAAAGGAGGCGCCGUGGCUAACCAAGAGCCUCCGCAUCAGCUUCCGGUAGUGACUCACAGCGAGAUCGCUCGGUCUUUUCCUGGCGGUUCGGGUCCUAUCCGUGUUCCCAGCUGUAAGCUGCCUAAGGGAAGACGGUUGGUUGGUGAACACGCUGUCUACGAUGUGGACGUGAGGUUACAGGGAGAGAUUCAGCCGCAGUUGGAGGUGACUCCGAUUACUAAAUACGGGUCGGAUCCUCAGCUUGUAGUGGGUCGGCAAAUCGCCGUGAAUAAGGUCUACAUAUGCUAUGGAUUGAAAGGAGGAAACAUUAGGGUUCUUAAUAUACAUAGUGCUUUGAGGUCUUUGUUCAGAGGCCAUUCUCAGAGAGUGACGGACAUGGCUUUCUUUGCCGAAGAUGUUGAUCUCUUGGCUAGUGUUAGUCUAGAUGGAAAAGUUUUCGUGUGGAAAAUUUCUGAGGGAUCUGAGAGAGAUGAUCAACCCCAGAUAACUGGAAAGAUAGUUUGUGCUCUUCAGAUACUAGGAGAGCAAGACACCAAACAUCCACGUGUUUGUUGGCACUGCCACAAACAGGUAUUUGAUCACUUUGUUAGUCUAGAUGGAAAAGUUUUCGUGUGGAAAAUUUCUGAGGGAUCUGAGAGAGAUGAUCAACCCCAGAUAACUGGAAAGAUAGUUUGUGCUCUUCAGAUACUAGGAGAGCAAGACACCAAACAUCCACGUGUUUGUUGGCACUGCCACAAACAGGAAAUUUUGGUAGUUUCUAUUGGUAGACAUGUGCUUCGUAUUGAUACUACCAAAGUUGGCAGAGGUGAAGUAUUCUCUGCUGAGGCCCCUCUCCAGUGUGCCCUUGAUAAACUGAUUGAUGGUGUUCAGAUUGUGGGCAAGCAUGAUGGGGAAGUUACAGAUUUGUCAAUGUGCCAAUGGAUGACCACGCGCCUGGUUUCUUCUUCUGUUGAUGGCUCGGUUAAGAUAUGGCAAGAUAAUAAGGCACAACCACUCGUAGUUUUGAGACCUCAUGAUGGAUAUCCAGUCAGCUCAGCCACAUUUGUGACAUCCCCUGAAAGACCUGAUCACAUCAUACUUAUCACGGGGGGUCCUCUAAAUCGAGAAAUGAAAAUCUGGGUCUCUGCUGGGGAAGAAGGGUGGCUUUUACCAGCUGAUGCUGAAUCAUGGAGGUGUACCCAGACACUUGAAUUGAAAAGUUCAACUGAGCCACGGGCUGAAGAGGCAUUUUUUAACCAAGUAAUAGCAUUAUCUGAAGCAGGCUUGCUUUUACUUGCAAACGCAAAAAGGAACGCCUUAUAUGCUGUGCAUUUGGACUAUGGUUAUUCUCCAGUUGAUUCUCGGAUGGAUUACCUGUCAGAGUUUACAGUCACUAUGCCCAUAUUGAGUUUUAUUGGGACAAAUGAUCCUCCAGAAGAGCCCAUUGUUAAGGUUUAUUGUGUUCAGACUCUAGCAAUCCAGCAGUAUACAUUAGACUUAUGCUUGUGCUUGCCACCUCCUACAGAGAAUGUGGGUUUUGAGAAGUCAGAUUCUAGUGUGUCACGGGAAGCAAAUCUUUUUGAAAGUAUGUUUGAACCAUCUGGACUGAAAGCUACCAAAUUACCAUCAGUUAAUUCAGUGCCUAAACCAUCUAUUUUAGUGAAUAGAUCGGAAAGUGCCAAUACGUUGAAUUUUCCAGCGGGUUCUGCAUCAGCGGAAACCACAUCACCAGCAAUUGCUCCCCCCAAUGGUGAGCCUAAAACUUCUGGGCUGCCUUCUGAGACCAGUGAUGCAGGUGCUCCUUCACCUCAACAUUCUCUAAGUCCAAGACUAUCAAGUAAACUUUCUGGCUAUCACACUCCUUCUGAUUGUUUUGUUGAUAGGCAAAAUGAUGAUGUUGGAGAAAAUAGUUUGAAUGUAUCUUCUGUCGACGAAAGCUCUAGAAGCAAAGACAUGAAUGUUAAACCUGAUGAUGAUAUGUCUGGGAUUCGAAGCCCAUCAGCUUUUUUCAAACACCCUACUCAUCUCGUAACUCCUUCAGAGAUAUUGAUGGGUGUUUCAUCCACUGAAGCCUCCGUUACUACUGAAGACAAGAGGGAUAGAAAUGCUGAUAUUCAGGACGUGAAUAAUGAUGCAAGAGGCACAGAAGUUGAGGUCAAAGAAGUAAGUGAAGCACGGUCUACGCAGAAUGGUGAAAUGAACUAUCAUGAAGAAACUGCGAAUCACACUUCUGAAAGUAGAGAACAAAUCUUCUGCUCACAGGCUUCGAAUCUCACAGCAAGAGUCCGUCAUCCUAUUACAGAGGAAACUGACUCUGUGGCAUAUGGACAACCUUUACAAGUUGGGGAUGAAAGAGGUCUUGACUCAAGAGAUGUGUCUGCAAACCUUCCCAAGUCGGAUUCAUCUAGUGGGCUUCCACAGUUGGUAGCUACAAAUAGCAAAGGGAAGAAGCAGAAGGCCAAAAAUUCUCAGGGUCCCAGUUUGUCAUCCUCAAAUGUUGCUAAUCUGGCUGAAUCCGUCAGUGAGCAAUGUGAGAGGUUAAGUCAUCCCAUGACAGAUUCGAUUCCUCAGUUAUUAGCUAUGCAAGAAACGAUGAAUCAGAUAAUGGUUUCACAGAAGGAGAUGCAGAGACAACUAUCAAAUGCUGUCACUGGCCCUAUUGUAAAAGAAGGUAAAAGACUUGAAGUGGCUAUAGGGAGAAUGAUAGAGAAAUCCAGCAAGUCAAAUGCUGAUGCUUUAUUGGCCCGCUUCCAAGAGGAGGCUGUUAAGAAUGAAAAGGCAUUACGUGACCAUGCACAACAAAUUGUGAAUGCAACGUCAAACUUCAUGAGCAAGGAGUUAAAUGCCAUGUUUGAGAAAACGGUGAAGAAGGAAUUUGCUACCGUUGGUCCAUCCCUAGCACGUGCAGCAACUCCAGUUAUUGAAAAAACUGUUUCCUCUGCAAUCACAGAAUCCUUUCAGAGAGGAAUUGGUGACAAAGCAGUUAAUCAGCUUGAUAAAUCUGUUAUUACAAAGCUUGAAACAACCAUAGCCAGGCAAAUUCAAGCCCAAUUUCAGACGUCUGGUAGACAAGCCCUCCAGGAAGGUCUUAGGUCAAGUCUGGAAUCUUCAGUCAUACCGUCCUUUGAGAGAGCAUGCAAGGCCAUGUUUGUGCAAGUAGACUCAACCUUCCAGAAAGGGAUGGCUGAGCACACAAGUGCAGCCCAGCAACGGUUCGACUCUGGACACUCCCAGCUUGCUCAUACUCUGAAGGAAACCAUUAGUUCCGCAUCAUCAGUUACUCAAGCCCUAAAUCAUGAAUUAGCCGAGAGUCAAAGGAAUCGCUUAGCUCUCGCAGCUGCUGGAGCUAGUUCUGGUGGAUCAAAUCCCUUGGUUACUCAACUAAGUAAUGGACCUUUAGGUGCUCUUCUUGAAAAGGUUGAAGUGCCUAUGGACCCAACAGCAGAACUUUCAAGGUUGAUAUCUGAGCGCAAGUACGAAGAAUCUUUCACUUCGGCUCUACAGAGAAGCGAUGUCUCUAUAGUAUCAUGGCUUUGCUCACAGGUGGAUCUUCGUGGACUACUGGCUAUGAAUCCGCUUCCGCUGAGCCAAGGCGUGCUUCUUUCACUGCUGCAGCAGCUAUCUUGUGACAUCAGCAAGGACACAUCCCGUAAGCUAGGUUGGAUGACUGAUGUUGUUGCAGCCAUAAACCCAUCAGAUCAGAUGAUUGCGGUCCACGCGCGGCCAAUCUUUGAACAAGUUUAUCAGAUUUUGCACCACCAGCGUAACGCACCAGGCAGCGACAUCACUGCCGUCAGACUUAUAAUGCACGUGAUCAACUCUAUGCUUAUGAGCUGCAAAUGA